AAUCCUAUUCUAUGAACCAAAAGAGGCCUAAGGGGUUUUGACAGGGGCUGGCGAAGGAGACGGCGAGGAGGAGGAGAGGCGUUGGCGACGGACGGCGCCGUCAUUGGAGUGGCAGAUCGGUUUCAUGGUUGGAUCGGGUGGGGUGCUGGAGAUAGAUACUAUUUUUUGUGUAGUUGUAGGGAAAGAAAAAGAGUAGAGAGUAGAGAUUAGAGAAGAGAGCAGCCAACCUUUUUCCUCAAGCUCGUAACCCUAGCCGGGAGGGCAUCCGCACCCCCCCGCAGACGGGCGACAUCCUUCUCGUCCAGAUCCGCGGCUGUUCCUUUCCGGCUAAGCCACGCCACCCUUGCUUGCUCGCUCGACGCGCGGAAUCAGCUAGGAUACAUUGCGCGAUGACUGCAAAAACCAGUAGGAAGGAGCGAGGCAGCAACAGCGGGCAGCGGCAUGGGGCGACCGAAGCUGCGAUGAACAUGUGGAAAGUUCGGAAAGCUGCUUUAAAGGAGGCUCAUGCUGCGGAACAGUCCUUCAGGGAAAAAGAACCUGACCAACAUGUUACUCCAUUCGAACCGACAAAAUUUGGUGGCUGCGUCCAGGAAAUUUCGGAUUCGCAUUUCAGGCACAGUGUUGUCUCAAUUUCUCUGCUUGCGGGAGACACGAUAGUAUUCUCAUGCUCGGGAACAGCCGUACGACACUGGAACAAUAUAAUACAAGAACCCCAUACAGUAUUUGUGACUACCUCACGUUUGGUGGUGGAAUUUGAGAAUAAGAGAACCAGGGAUGAUAAUUUUGUGGUUCAAGUCUGUCGUCCUGAUGGUACAACUAUCCCUGGGUUCUUGGGAUUGUGGGAUGAAAAAAUGGAAAUUGCUAUUGUCACGGCCUUCAACAGCCGACUCGUCUACCCUGUGGAUACAUGUGGCCCUCUGGAUCUGCACCGAGACGCAGACAAGCUUAAUCUAUUUGCAGCUGGCCGUCACUUCGAUGGCACUUUGAUGAGCAUAAGAUGCAAUGAUCCUCGUUUCAAAGAUGGCCUUUGGUUUUGCGAAUGUAGUAUCACAGAGGCUGGACUUGGAGGGCCAGUUAUACUAUUUAAUGGUGGUGAAGGAUGCUUUGCUGGGGUGAUAACUAAAUUGUGUCAAGGCGGUUUCUUGUUCGUACCAACUCAGUUACUUCAUGAACGGUUGCAGCAAUUUGAGAUGCCCAGUAACACUACCCAGUUCCGUGAAUAUUCUUUGCCUCAGGGUGCAUCCUGCGUUGUCCCUUCAGGAUUUAAGGUCAGGUCUAAGAUGCUAGAGUCUUUGGGCUACCCCCUACCACCACCACUGGUGUUUGAGUCCAAUGGGCGAUUAAUUGGUACGUUUGAAGAAAGGUUUGGUGAACUUCAUGUCUGGAAAGGAUACCGUUUAGACAUCUACGCCAACUAUGAGAAGCCUCUCUGGAAGCAGCUUGGAAAAAAAGUUGUUGAGCGUGUUUCUAAAAGUGUUGUCUCAGUUGCUUCAUUCAAUGGUAACAACGUGAGGUGUUUUGCUUGCACAGGCUUGCUUAUAACUAUUGAGCACCGCAUGUUUGUCCUUACUGCGGCCAGUUUGGUUAGAACUGGUGAUGCUAAAAACAACAUUGAUCUGAACUUGAUGAUUAAGGUGUUUCUACCGCCAGAACAAUCGGUGGUGGGGAAAUUGGAAUUUUACCAUCAAGAUUACAACAUUGCCGUUCUCAGUCUCGAGGAUAAUCUCACUGAUGUUUGUCCACAAGAUAUCUUCGUAGCCACAAGGUUAUCUAAAUCUGAGGUGGUUGCUAUUGGGCGUACAACUAAAGAUAAUGGUGGGUUAUUGAUGGCCUCAAAGGGUAACAGGAAGUCUAUAAUAAGUUCAAGAAACAAGGAUUCGGGUUCAGAACUUGAUUGCAAAGAUCUCAAGUUCUCAACUUGUCAAAUCAAGAAGGUUGGGAUUGGAGGGCCCCUUAUUUGUCUUGAUGAUGGGAGUUUUGUUGGCAUGAACUUCUAUGAUGAAAGUGGAACGACUCCUUAUCUGCCAAGGAGCAAUAUUGUAAAAGUUUUAAAGAGAGGGAAUAAUCUUCUGUCACAAGGAAAAUUGCUCCCUCCCAUUAGCCUUGACACGAAGAGAGGUGGUAAUGCUGCAGAGAGGAUCCGGUGGACUGUACCCAAGCCAUAUUGGUUUAUUGCUGGUCAAGUUGAUGUUCUAGGCCAUCUUGUUGGUAAAGUUCCCAUGUAGACGUCAAGCUGCUGUUGGAGUGCUCCAUAUGAAUAUAUUCCAUUUUAUCCCUCGCAGACAUUAUAUAAUUUAAGAGGCUGGUGCUAGUUAUGUUUUGUCAAAAAUGUUUAUUUAUGGUAUUUGUUUAGUAUGUCUUAUCACUGUCAAGUAUCUAAUCAUGCAAGGAAGUGUUGGAUCUGUAUUUUCUAUGAUAUAUGAGUUUGUUUUA